AUGCUCAUCAAAGUCAAGACACUGACAGGGAAGGAGGUCGAGAUUGAUGUUCAGGCCGAGUGGACAAUCUCAAAAGUCAAGGACCGGGUCGAAGAGAAGGCUGGGAUUCCGCCAGUACAGCAACGUUUGAUCUACAGUGGAAAGGCAAUGUCGGACGACAAGACGGUCCAGGACUACAAACUCGAUGCGGGCAAGGUCAUCCACUUGGUGUUGGCGCUGCGAGGCGGAGCAUAG